AUGACUGCUGAUCAAAAUCAGGGUCAAAUCCCUCCUAAGCCACCGGAUGUUUCCCUUAUUUCCAUCACAACCCCCAAGAUUUCUUUAAAUCCUUUAACCCAGUCAACAUCGGCACACUUUACCGAUAUUGUUCAGAAUGGGGCAAAAGCUUCAACAACGUUGCAAGAUGUCACAAAGAACUCUUGUAUGCCUCCUACAAACCCGAAUCUACAAUCUACAACAGAUAUUGCAAAAAUCCUUCCACAAUCGGUGCAAUUGUCCGAGUUAGGCAGAUGGUGCAAAUGCUUCAGGAUCGCAACAGGUAAUCGCAAACUCCUGUGGUAUCCUCCCCAAAAAUCCCAAUCUCCAACCCGGAUCUGA